CUGUGGUUACUAUUUGGGAGAAUGCAUGGACAAUAUUAUCUUUGAUACUGUGUCUUUGGCCAUUGUGACAUUUUUUUCUGACUAGUCAUGAAAUCACAUUUAACUUUGCUUUGGCCCUUUGCACGGCACUUCACCUACAGCUGGUGACGUCUCGACACGAGUGAAACAUUCUCGAAUGGACAUAAAACAAACUAAACUUGUAAACAUCGUCAUUCUCACAUUCAUGAUCAUACAUUUACAUUACAUUUAUGUGUGUGUGUUGAUGGUCUUGAUGAAGGAGAUGGCUUGCAAAUGCUUUUAGUCGGCUGUCUAAUCAUAUUCUUCGAAAAAAUGAGAGUUUUCUUUUUAAAUUUGGGCCCCGUUUCCUCUAAGUUCCAAAAUCCGCACACGCAGCCUUCACAAGUACCAUCUUUCUGUCGUAGAACUUGUUUCUUCAUAUUUACAACAUUUCUAAAGUUACAGCAAAAACUGACAACUUGGCAUUUUUUAUAGGUCUGAUUUUGCACGAUUUCAAUAUGGUGCGAGACGUUAGCAUAGUUUAUUAUUUUUUACCAUAUCUGGCGUGUCAACAGAGAAAUCUUAUCUCACAGAGGCAGACCUACAAGAAAGGCUUGUCGCCAUGUUAUGAAAGAAAUCUGGACAGCAUGAUACAUUUUCCUUAUUAUUUUUUCAUUAAAUGUUCACACAUGAUCUGUGUUGCCUAUACCGAUUUCAGUCUUUUCCUCUGCUAUUUUCAUUGAAGAUGAAUUUACAUCUACUUAUUUUUAACUUAAGCGCACGGAUCAUUUCCGCUGAAAGGGUAGGGGGCGGUAUCAAUCUGCGUAUUGAAACAACUUCCUGUCAGUCAUUGAAAACAGAACACGAACAGUUUUCGCGUUUGUGGCAUAUAUUUAUAUUUCUUUUUAAAAUCUACGUUAUGAAUAUCAGUGUUUGAUGUGUCUUUUAUUAUUUCUUUGAAAAAGAACUAACCUGCUCUCCUUAAACCGAUCGAACAAAGGAAUCGGACUUGGUUUCAAUUCUUGGUGAAAUAUCCGUUUAUCAUCAGACAUGCACCUUUGACAUGUUAACUACACAUAAGCACAUAAUUAGCAUUGCCAUAUUUUGUUAAAUAUGUCAUACUAGUGUAUGUUAUUUGAGAAAUAAAUCUUAUUUUUGAAAAUAACACAAGAGUAUCAACUGCAACGCUUCAUGCCAGCAAGCUGCAGAUCUGUUGCUGUUUGGGAAAAUAUUGGAACAGACCAGAGAGCUACAGAUCCACCCAUUAUAAAGCAUUGUAGUAUGAAAAGUUCAAUAUCAAAAAAUUCCUUACAUAUUUUCCCAUUAUACCUGUUUCCAAACUUUCCUUCAAAUACUCAUUAAAACCCCACACAACCCGAAAAUCCACAGCUUCAAACGACUUCGUUUGUUAACGUAGCCAUGUUAGGUACCCAGUCAAAUCGAACCUCGUUGCUGUUUGUAUCUAUUCGUAUUAUCAAAUACAUGUACGAGGUAUGUAUCCGGUCUUCAUUUAUCAUAGGCACGAAUGAAUUCCAAAUUUCUGAUUUUUCUAGACGUAAAAUAAACUCUUGAAUAUAGAAAAUGUUAUAAAAGCCUAGUUUGAUCCCUUACACUCCAUUUUGAUAGCAAAGUAGCAGGGGUGGGGACCAAACUAUAUGAAAGUCGUAAAUUUAGUUCAAUAUUAAAGUUCAAGUUAUUUAAAUAAUUAUCUUUUUACGGAACUGGCAUGGUUUCAUCCAAAAUAUUUCACUUCAGAUAUUUUAUGGAAUAUUAGUUCAUACAGACAUUGUGGUUUCAAAGUGUACGAGUGUGGAAAUGAACGGGGUUCGAUAUGACUGGCUGCCGAACAUUGCUACGUUAACAAGCGAAGUCAUUUGAAGCUGUGGAUUUCAGGUCGCAUAGGGCUUUAAUGAGUAUUUGAAGGUAAGUUUGGACACAAGUAUAAUGGGGAAAUUUGUAAGGGUUUUUAUAUGAUUUUUUUUAGACGGCAAUGCAAGAGUUCAACGAUAUAAGGCCUCAACUGUGCGCAUUUUUUCUGCGUCGUAAAUGGCAUAUUUUUAAAAAUGGGUUGAUCCGUAGCUCUCUGGUUUGUCCCAAUAUUCCCCCUUAGAGAACUACAGAUAUGCAGCUACACACUAGUAUACUUCAUGAAACGCAUUGUAGAGUUGAAAUAGAUGCACUAUAUUCAUCAAGAUUCAUACGCGCAAUGUCCAUACUGCAACGCAUUCAUGAAGAAAUGACCACCAUUACAAUUCGUAAUCAUGUCAGAAAAAAAUUGGAAAUGUAAACAUUGUAUGUUGACGAGUUGCAGAAGUGUACAUCACUAAUUUAGGAAUGAACAUUAACAAUUCAUACCAAACAUAUAUGAAAAAAUGUAGCAAAAUGUGCUUUAACACACACUCUUCUUCAGUUAUAAUCAUUUAUCCCCGAUAAUUUUAUGUGUAUUUUGAUGAUCAUUUAAGACAUAAAUUUCAUUUUUGAAAUAUACAUGAGGGCAUGAACUGCGACGCUUUACGCAUGCGCGUUAGCGCUUCAUUGAAAAACAUGUCGGCGUGAAGCGUCGCUGUGAUACUUUAAUGUAUUUUCACAAAUAAAAUUUAUAUCUUAUAUUUGCAUUCUAUUUUCAUUUCUGUCGAGAACUCCCAGGCAAUAGCAGUACUACAUGUAUAUUCAUCAAGAUCCAUACGCACAUCGUUUAAUUCACAUUUAGGAGGAAAUGGCUAUCAAUUGAUAUCGAAGGCAAAAACAUUGGAAAUGUAAAUAUUCAUUAAUAAUGGGGUUUUUUUUUCAACAUUGUUUUCCCGUCGGACCUCACCAGUCCUAAAGCUGCUUCCUAAGCAAAACUAAAUGUUUCGAAGAUCCGAUAGUUCAAAUGAUUCGCUGCAUGUAUAUCUAUGCCUAGCAUUUUUUAUUACUUUUUUAAAAAAAAACCAACUUUUAGUCUAGUGAAGUCGGUCGUGAGUCCUCUGUAUUCCAAUCACCAGACAUUACGUCAGAUUGUCAUUUUUAUCGCAUUACAUUCAUACUGAUCCUAAGCCCUGCGUCUGGAGACAAUGCUUGGAAACUUACCAAGACGCAAGUAUAAGUAUGCAUUGAACGGUGCAAGUCUGUCACAUGAUGAAGGAUAAUGCACAUGCAGCAAUAUCUAUUUCAUUUUAUACAUACAGGAUCAAAUACGCACGCGAUUCCUCGAUACCCCUUUCUUCCUUUCUUACUUUCCUUUUCUUUCUUUCUUCCUUUCUUUCGUGUAAACUACACAUAAUGCCAUUUGUUGAUUUGAAGAAGAUCUAAUACUAUACACUUUUAAAAUAAUCCUAUUUUUAUUGCGAUACUUUUCCUCCUAGAGGAGGGGGUGUAUAUAGCAUACAGAAAUUUUACCUAAUACGCUCACCACUUUAGAACUGAAUAUGUGGCAAAUAUAUAAUCAGCAACAUGGCCAGAAUGUAAGAUUGUACCUAACUUCGUUUCUAUUUGAUUAUGAUUCAUUAGUUCGUCUUGAAAUGUAUAAGAGGCAGUUUUUGAGUUUUAUUUAAUCCCGAAUUCAAAUACUUUUACUUUCACAGCCUUGGCAAAUAAAAUGGUAACAUUGUUGAGAUCUUGUGAAUCACAGUGUAAAUAUAAAGGUGUGAGGCUCUUGUCUUUGAUACGGCACGAAAUAUUUCCAUUUAUAUCACCACUUACAACGACAAGGGUAUUGUUGGCGAAUUUAUAUAUUUGAUCUGGAAAUUAUUUGCACAUUGACAAAAUCCCCCAGAAUGAAGGUUUCACGACUUAGUUGACAAGAUUUUCCUUUUUUCCAUUUUACAAGCUGUAUUAGAGGAAACAAGUUGAGGAGGGGUUGAGAAAACAAGGAGGUUAUUUGCACGUGGUCGCCUUAAGAUUUUUUCUUCUUCUUUCUAUAGCACUUCAAGUAUAAGCCGAAUUGAACACAAUGGUCGCAUUAUGAAAUAUGUGGUGAAGUUAUAUAUUAAAUUCCGCGCACCUGCCGAGAAAAUUAUAACUAUAUUAUGACGGAACUAAAUGGUGCGAAAAUUCGACGGUGGUAAAAAUCCAUAUAAACAUUGUUUUACUUCGAGGAUCGUAAAGUAUAUAGUUUUAUAGCAUAUUAUGUUGUGUCAAUUGGAUGUAAGUUUCCCCCCUGUGAGAGAUAUAGACACAAAAAGAAUGAAAUGAACAGCUGAACAUAUUCUAGGGAAAACUUUGAGGUGUAUGACUUCUGGUGAAUCAUUCCAGAGAAAAUAAUUUGUGAUAAAUAAAAUGUUUGACUGUUUUGUUACAAUGAACAUUUUGAUGGUGAAGUUAAACAUAUGGUUGUCUUUCUAAAACUGCUCGAGCGAUUCAGAGAAUAUCGGAGUGAACGUUCGUCGACAGGCCGAGUUCCCUCCGUCACAUACGAAUGGAAGGAGGUUAUGGCCUCGUUGUCUUGCCCACCUAUGCCCCCUAUUUUAAGCUUGGUGGUCAUUUUCAUUCUGGUGUACUUAAUCGAUUCAAGCAAUGCCUGUGGAAUGCAGUUGUGUAAUGACCGUUGGAGGACUGCUGAAGACGCGGCAUACAGAGGCUUGAUCAAACCGCGUAAUGGUGAAGAUCCUAUCUGUGUGGCUCAUAGAACUCACUUGGUAUGCCUGAUUGCAGAAGGCGUGAACUGCAAAACCAAUUUACAGUACCAACUAGCCAAACGUGCGGUCAUCCACAAAAUGAAGCAGUUGGGUUGUAAUGAUGUUGGAGAUAUUUUCAAUAUGACAAAUGUUGAUCCCCGUCGGCCUAGGUUGCCAGUGAGAGAUAAUUUGAUAUGCACUUUUCGAAGCAGAGACCCAAACAAACCAAUUCAAUACCAGCACUGUGGGUUAUUUGGUGAUCCUCAUUUGAGGACAUUUAAGGAUGAGUUUCAGACUUGUAAGGUGGAAGGUGCAUGGUCACUGGUUCAGAACAAACACAUUGUGGUUAUGGUCACGAACAACCCUGUGAAAGACCAUGUAGCAGCUACUGCCACAAGCAAGUUAACUGUUGUGAUAAAGAAGAAUGAUGACUGUGCUUCACAUGAUUUUGUGACCUACAAAGCUCAAACCAACGAUCUACCGGGCACUUUUGAAAACGGCCACUCUCAUGCUGGUCCUGAUGAAAGUGUGGCCAUUAGAGUGAUGGACCCAGGGAAACAUGUUGAAAUUUACUUACGGUUCAUUGAUACAACUAUACGGGUGCGACAAAUUGGUCGCUAUUUCACAUUUGCCAUGAAAAUGCCACAAGAAAUUGUGGGACAGUCAUUAGAUGAUGAUACUCAGCAAUUGUGUGUGCAAGGAUGCCCCGAACAGGAGCAAAUUAAUUAUAAGAAAUACCUGGCCGAUAGACGGAAAAUUAUAGACCUGCAUCAGGGUGAUAUUGCAAUGACCAGCGAACGAGCUAGUGAGUUGUGUAGGCAGUCACAAGUCGUGGAUUUUUACUUUGAUUCGUGUGUGUUUGAUCUCAUGACCACGGGAGACAAAAAUUUUACCGUAGCAGCACAUCAGUUGUUAGAGGAUUUAACAGACCUAUCACCAGACAUUGUUAAAACUCAGGAAAACAGAACAUAUUUGGAAUACGAUGAAAUCCAUCUGUCAAGUGGUUAUAGAAUUCAUAGUAACUUUAUUUCCUGGACUUGUGCUUUAGCAGUUUUCGUAUGUUUACUAUUAGAACACGCGACUUCAUAACAAAGGUAACAUAUUCAGACAUUGGCAAAAGACAUUCAUGCCGCUUUCAAUAUUCAUAUUUUUUCCUAGUUGAACAACGGAGAAAAUUUCCAACAGCAUUUUCACAAUUCCAAAAUUUUAGGGAAGCAGCUCUCUUAGUGUUAUGUCGAAGCAUCUGGAUCUGCCAUUACAUGGUGCUUCGCAACAAAGUCAAUUGUUUUCUUGAUUGUUGACUUUUGGCAGGUAGAACCUGCCCUAGUCAUUCUGUUACAAAAUAAAGAUGCUGCAAUUAUGGAAGAUAAUACAUCUACUGUACUCGGAAUCACAAUCAUCUUGGCACUUGUGAGAAAAUAGGUCGUGUUUUUUUUUUUUACUUGGAAUGAUCUAAAUCAAUUUCUUUUUAUAUCUCUUGAAGUUGGCUCAGAACAUAUGGGCAUCUAAAUACUGUAGCAGUAGCAGUAUGUUGUCAGCAUCUAGAUGCAUACACAUUGGUAAUGUCGCAACACAGAAAUUGAUUUUUCAUUUUUCUCAGUGAUGCUGGAUAUAUGGAAAGAGACAUGAAUUUUUUGAAGCCGAGUCUGAAUAUGACUGUAUCAGAUUUUAUUUUGUUAUGAUUAUCUGCAAAAACCCCUCUUUUUCGUAAGAAUUUGAGACAUUUGUUUGGAACAUUACUAAAGUAUAUAUGCUACCUUUGUUGAGUAAUUGAUGCCAAAAGUACAGUAUUUUGUUAUAUACAUGUAUAUGCUGAAUUAUUACAAAACCCACCUUAUAUUGUAGUGUCAUUUGAUGGGCUUUUGUUGAGAUACAAGUGAAAAUGAAGUUUGAUUUUUUUGUACAUAUAUUUUUUUUUUAUGUACGUAGUGAUUGGUGUACAUGUGUGGUUAUAGAGUGUAUGAGAUACACACUGAACAAAUGAUGUGUGAUAAAUGUGGAGAAUGUCUGACAUUGGAGUGACAUGGGAGAGAGUGUCUGACAUUGGAGUGACAUGGGAGAGAGUGGUGGAACAAUUUCUGUAUGUGUGUGUGUGACAUAAUUACCAACUGCUGAAUACACUAAACCAUCACUUUAUUAUUGGAUGUUUUCAGUAGUUUUAAUGAUGUGAAACUUCAUAGCUUGACAAUGCAGAGUAUAUUGAAUUCCAUAUGUAUUCAGUUGUGUUUUUGGCCCUCUUGUUCUUUGCGUCAGUCUUGUUUAAAUAUAAGCCUUCAUAUUGAUUUCUUCCUCUGAAAUAUCUUGGCUUUUUUAAGAAGCCCAACCACAGAGAUUUAGUGUUAUUAAGUGUAAAUUCUAGAGACCUAGGCUAUCAAAAGAUACCCAAAAAGCUUUUUAAAACUGUUUGUUUAAAUAAAGAUUGAACAACUUGUUUGCAACUUUUAGGCUGGUGUGAUCAAACUUAACCCAAACUAAAUAUUGCAUAAUUUGGAUAUUCACCCUCUAGUCCACAUAACAUUGUGUGUAUCCACUCCUGUAGUUCCUAUCUUAACAAUAUAUUACCAACCUAAGUGACCAAUGAGGAGAGGGCCAGAAUCAACUGAAAAAAAUAGAGUCAACAUGUGGAAGGACUCUCCAACUCUUCAGAAAACAAUAAAAAAGCAAUAAAAUUGUUUUAAGAACAUUUAAGAAAA